AUGGCAAGCGGCAUUGAAGUAGCAGGGUUGGCACUCGCUGUUCUUCCUCUCCUGGUUAAUCAACUCGAUGACUAUGUGUUGGGGAUAGAGAAGAUCUGGCGCCUGAAGCGCUAUCGCAGAGAGUUUGCUCAUUAUUCCACACUCUUCGGGGCACAACAUGCAAUUCUACUUAAUACCCUGGAAGAAGUCCUCAGAGGCAUCGUGACAAGUGAAAAAGCCGUGUCUGAACUCAUCUGCAACCCGAAGGGCGAGGGCUGGAAGGACCCAGUCUUGCAGGACCAGCUUCGCGUCAGGCUAGGACGAAGCUACGAUCCGUUUAUGGGAAUUAUGACUUCCCUUUUUGACCUGCUAAACCAUCUUUCCGUCAAGAUGAGGAUUGGUGUGUCGGAUAUAAAAACCAGCUCUCCAUUUGAAGUAAAAGCAAUGCUGAAGUAUCUUCUUAAGGAGGCAAUUUACAAAGAUUUGCUUGCAAAGAUUGAUGAAACCAAUGCGAUAUUGAAAACCUUGAUUGAACAACCAAAACAUCAGGGACAAACGCAGAAACUGCAACAACUUUGGAAAUACCUGCUACCAAGGUAUAAGAUGACGCGAAAACAUGCACAGGAACUAUUCAAAGGAAUUGUCGACGGUAUCUAUUGGAAUUGUGGGUGUAAAGAACACCAUUGUGUGCACUUCCAAUUGCAGUCAAAUCCCCUUCAAGUUGUGAAUGAGCGAUCAACUCUCACCGAGGUGUCCAAGUUUCGAAUGAACUUUUCAAAUACCGAAGAAGUCACGGACUCGUGGGGAUGGACAGAAGUGGAAUUUGAACGCUGGCCAAUUGGAGAGAUGCCUACUGCUCCGGUUAUCCAAGACUUCUGCUCAUCGCUUCGUGUCACUGCAGCACAGACCGAAACACGACAAAUGAUAGGUGUAUUAUCUUGUGAGCCUGGUUCGACAACUCAGUAUGCAAUCCAUAAAAUAAAAAGCAUUCAACCACCUGUUCCAAAGCAAUCACUGCAAAAGAUGAUGUCACAUCUCUCCCGACGCGAGAGAAUACGCAUUGCCGCUGGCCUUGCCUGCGGUGUAAUACAGCUCGGUGGUAACUGGCUAAAGCCUCGGUGGAAUAGCUCAGAUAUCCACCUGGCGGUCAACAAUGAUCACAGAGCCUUACUCGAUUUUUUCUUUCUUACGUGGUCCUUGUCCGCCCCUGUCUCUCAUGAAGCAGGAUCUUCCACAGCGAGAAGUGACAUAUUAGUGCCAUUAGGGUGCGCCCUCGUCGAGCUGUCGACUGGGAAGUCUAUUGGGGCUUUGCAAUCGGCAGGUUCUGAAGAUAUAGAUGAAGAAGUAACAAGGUUCGACACUGCAUCGAGGCUCGUUGAAGCAGCAUUACAUGAGAGUGGCACAAAUUAUGCAGAAGCUGUCCACGGCUGUUUCUUUUGGUCAGAUAGAGGUUCGCUGUGCACUGAGGAUAACACUUUCCAAGACCGUGUAUUUGAUGAGAUAGUCUCUCCUCUCCUACGAGAUUUGGUCCAUUUUGAAGGCUUGAGCUUUUGA